AUGGCAAAAUUGCGCAACAAAUUCGCUGAAACUGAAGUCAAUUUCCAGAUAAGCGACGAGAAGCCGUCAACAGAAGGCCUAUUGACGAGCACUGACAAUCCAGCUUCGGCGAAUAAUUUCCGUGGGAUUUACGUCAAUCAAGCUUACCGAAUAACAGAUGAAAAAAUCAGAAUAAUCUAUCUUCAGAAUAACAACAAUCGAGACCCGAAUGCUCAUGUGUUUCGUCACGCUGCCACCGCGUUCAUGCAUGAUUGUAUGCUACGAGCGAGAAAUGUAGUGAGGUUUGUAUCGAAUUCGGAUUUGGACGAUUUGCCAAUCUCAACAAAUAUGAAUAUUUCGAGAACACUAUUGGAAACGGAAGCGAGACAUCCCGAUGCUGGCCAAUUUCUAGUUGAUUGGAUACUAGCAAUUCAGCAGCAAUAUUGGGAUCGCAUUAGAACCCCCAAAGACGUGCAAUUCAACCUUGAUAAGGUGAAAGUCGUCGAUCGCGACAAUAUUCGUUUCGACUAUCAAAUCGCCAAAAAGAUAUUCCAUCGACCGGAGCGCGUCGAGCACUUCGAUCAGCACAAUGUGUUCGGAAAUGAGAAAUCGGAGAAGGAUGGCAAAUAUUUCAGUGCUGUCGAGAUGUUCGAUAAUCCUAAUCUGUUUUUUCUUCAUCUAAGGCGAUUCGAAAGGCUGCUUCUCAAUGAUGAGAAGCCGAAGCUCAAUGCGACAUUCAAUUAUGAGAUAUUAGGGAGGCUCAAUAGGAAAAUGAAGAAGUUGUACCUUAAAAGGAUAAAUGGGACAGCGUUUGAAGACUUAAAUCAGACCCCUUGGGCUCUGGAAGCCCGAGAAACACUACGCAAUCUUGAGCAAUGCCGAUUGGAGGGAUUUGGGACGAAACUAACAAGAGAGAAUGAGAUGUGCCAGCAGAGCUCAGCAGGAUGCUCGGGAUUGCUGACUGCUGGUAUCGAAUUCAUCAAAGCGCCGCUGACGUGGAUCAACAUUGCGCAUUCGGCAGAAUUUAAUUCGUAUUUGAAGAAGAAUCAUGAAUAA